AGAUAGAGAGAAGUAAAACGCCAUUAAUUUUACAUAUCUAGAGAGAGAAAGAAACGAUGGCUUCAUUUGAUGCGUUCAGUAUGGACGGCGACUCAUCACCAUCACCGGCGCCGGCGACAUCAACUCCAUUCGACGACGGCGACUACGACGGCGGCUCAUACGCGCCGCCGUACCACGGCGGCUCUGGAGACUAUGAGGAGGAGGAGGAAGAAGAAGAAGUGACGGUGCAACACGUGUCUCAUACAGUUGACAGUCCGGAUCCAUACGGGUUCGGGUCGGAUAACCAAACCGAUCCAUUUGGAGCUCCGAUCUCUAAUGGGAAUGGUAAACCCUAUGAUCUAGGUGAUGAUACUGAAGGGAUUUUUAGCUCUGAUGGACCUGUUCUUCCUCCUCCUAAUGAAAUGCGUGAAGAAGGUUUUGCGUUACGUGAAUGGCGAAGGCUUAAUGCUAUCCGUCUUGAGGAGAAGGAGAAGCAGGAAAAGGAAAUCAGAAACCAAAUUAUUGAGGAAGGUGAAGAAUAUAAGAAAGCAUUCUAUGAGAAAAGAAAUCUCAAUAUUGAGACCAACAAGACAACUAACCGCGAGAAAGAGAAGAUGUACUUGACUACUCAAGAAAAGUUCCAUAAAGAAGCUGACAAGCAAUAUUGGAAAGCCAUAGCGGAGCUCAUUCCCAAGGAGGUGCCCAGCAUUGAGAAGAAGGGAAGAAAGAAGGAUCAAGAUAAGAAGCCAUCCAUCACAGUGGUCCAAGGGCCUAAGCCUGGGAAACCUACCGAUCUUUCAAGGAUGCGCCACAUACUGUUGAAGCUUAAGCACACUCCACCACCUCAUAUGAUACCACCCCCUCCCGCUCCUGCCAAGGACGCCAAAGUUGGAAAGGAUGGAAAAGACACCAAGGAUGCCAAAGCUGGGAAGGAUGGAAAAGACGCCAAGAAUGCUAAAGAUGCAGCACCAACUGCAACUUCAGAUGCAUCUCCCAGUGAUGCCAAAGUUCCUCAGACAUCAGAAGAACCUGCUGCUGUGGAAUGAUCGACAUUCUGCUUGAUUUCAUUAAUCUUUUAUGUGUAAUGUGUUGUCCUUUACAGAAUACUGUUUUGUUUAUGAAUUUUGUAUCACUUACUAUAUUCUGUGCCAUUUUACUACUAUUCUAUUCACAGACAGUAGCUGCAUUUUGUUGCAUUGAAUGUCUGAGUUUGUUUAUUGUACCAUUUAGGAAUUUCUUUAGUGGAGGUGAAUUCACUA